CAUUUUGAUAACUGGAAGAGGCCCCUCCCAUUGACUCCCGCCCCCCUACUGUGGCCCCGCCCACCUCUUGCUCACACUUUUCCCCUCCCUGCCCUCAUUUCUGUCACGCUCACUUUGCGUACGACCACAACACGGACACACAAGAAGGUGAUGAUGAGUGCCGGUGGCCGGGCCACGCUUGCUCUCUCCUCCAGGCUCGUCAUUACCACCGCUGUCGCCGUCGUCGCCUCGCUCCCAUAGUGAGCUAACACACACAUGCACAAAGGAUGGGGAUGCAGCCGCAAGACAGCGUGCCGUCUGAUUACCUGUCAGAUGUCCGAUGCCCGUCGCGACACUGGCUGUCACGUGGACAGUCCUUCGAAGAGCGGAUCGCGGGGAAAGUGCAACAUGGCAGGGUUCGGGAUGGCCACACCGUGAACGAAGAGCAGAUGUUCCUGGAGGAGCACAGAAGAUGCACCUCGGGCGGGCCUCGUCUUCUGCGACGCACCAUCAGCGUGCCUGCCGAAACGCACUUCAACGAGCUGCGCCGCCAACCGUCCACCGAGAGCGAGUCACCUCCAGAGAGGUCCGGGCGCCGACGCAGCAUGCCCGGCAGCCCAACGGACAAAACUCCGCCCACCAUGGAGGCCACGUCCGCCGCCGCAGCCACUACACCAUUCAGAGUCACCGUGAGUACUGGCUUCCUGAGUCGGCGGCUGAAGGGCUCCAUCAAGCGCACCAAGAGUCAACCCAAGCUGGACCGCAACUCCAGCUUCAGACACAUCUUGCCGGGGUUCAGGAACGUGGACAAUGACAGAUCUCAUCUGAUGCCAAGGCUGAAGGAGUCUCGCUCCCAUGAGUCACUGCUCAGUCCCAGCAGCGCUGUGGAAGCCCUGGACUUAAGCAUGGAGGACGAGGUUAUCAUCAAACCCGUGCACAGCAGCAUCCUCGGCCAGGACUACUGCUUCGAGGUGACGACCUCCUCGGGGAGCAAAUGCUUUUCCUGCCGUUCGUCAGCUGAGAGAGACAAAUGGAUGGAGAACCUGAGGAGGGCCGUGCAGCCAAACAAGGACAACAGCCGGCGGGUGGAGAACAUGCUGCGACUGUGGCUCAUCGAGGCCAAGGACCUCCCUGCCAAGAAGAAGUACUUCUGUGAACUGUGCCUGGAUGACGCACUGUAUGCUCGCACCACCUGCAAACUCAAAACGGACAAUGUCUUUUGGGGUGAGCACUUUGACUUCAAUAACCUGCCGGCGGUGCGUGCUAUCACGGCGCACCUCUACAAGGACACGGACAAGAAGAAGAAGAAGGACAAGAACAACUACGUCGGACUGGUCAGCAUCCCUGUGGCAGCGGUGACUGGUCGGCAGUUUGUGGAGAAGUGGUACCCGGUCAGCAUGCCUAACCCUGCUAAGGGCAAAACGUCUGGACCCAUGAUCCGCAUUAAAGCGCGGUACCAGAGCAUGAACAUCCUCCCCAUGGAGAUGUACAAGGAGUUUGCCGAAUACACCACGAACAACUACAUGCUGCUUUGCUCCGUGCUCGAGCCCGGCAUCAGCGUCAAGAACAAGGAAGAGAUGGCAUGUGCGCUGGUGCAUAUUCUGCAGAGCACCGGCAAGGCCAAAGACUUCCUGACAGACCUGAUGAUGUCGGAAGUGGACCGCUGCGGAGAGAAUGAGCACCUGAUCUUCCGCGAGAACACGUUGGCGACCAAAGCCAUCGAGGAGUACCUCAAACUGGUGGGCCAGAAGUACCUGCAGGACGCCCUUGGCGAGUUCAUCAAGGCUCUGUACGAGUCAGAUGAAAACUGCGAGGUGGACCCGUCUAAGUGCUCCUCGGGGGACCUCCCGGAACACCAGAGCAACCUGAAAAUGUGCUGCGAGCUGGCCUUCUGCAAGAUCAUCAACUCGUACUGCGUUUUCCCGCGAGAGCUCAAGGAGGUGUUCGCGUCGUGGCGGCAAGAGUGCAGCAACCGCGGCCGGCCGGACAUCAGCGAGCGGCUGAUCAGCGCAUCGCUCUUCCUGCGCUUCCUGUGCCCGGCCAUCAUGUCACCGUCGCUUUUCAACCUGAUGCAGGAGUACCCCGACGACCGCACGGCGCGCACCCUCACGCUCAUCGCCAAGGUCACACAGAACCUGGCCAAUUUCGCAAAGUUCGGGAACAAGGAGGAGUACAUGUCCUUCAUGAACCAGUUCCUGGAGCACGAGUGGAGCAACAUGCAGCGCUUCCUGCUGGAGAUCUCCAACCCGGAGACCAUCUCCAACACGGCCGGCUUCGAGGGAUACAUCGACCUGGGCCGCGAGCUCUCCACGCUGCACUCCCUCCUCUCCGAGGUGGUCUCCCAGAUGGACCAGAGCGCCACCUCCAAGCUGGGGCCUCUGCCAAGGAUCCUGCGGGAGGUCAGCGUGGCGCUGAGCAACCCGGCCGGCAUCCACGCAGCACCCGGGGGGUCGCCGGAGCAGACGGGCUCGCCGCCGGCCGAGGCCGGCUGCAGCAUCUCCACGGGCCUACAGAAGAUGGUCAUCGACAACGACCUCACAGGAUUGGUUGAUUUCACCCGGCUACCCUCCCCCACCCCUGAAAACAAGGACUUGUUUUUCGUAACAAGGAGCUCAGGGAUUCAGCCUUCUCCGGCACGUAGCUCGAGUUACUCCGAGACCAACGAGCCUGAGCUCGGCAUGGCCAACGGCAGCAAGAGUCUGUCCAUGGUGGACCUGCAGGACCCCCGCAGUCUGGAAGGCGGCGGCCUCAGUCCCGGCCCCUCGGACGCCCUGGCGGAAGUUCCGGUCUCCGUGGGAGGCUGGUCCGCCAGGGUGCCGCAGUGCAACAUCUCCGGAGGGCCCGCCGUGCGGAGGCCCGGCCAGACAACGACCAACCCGAGCACGGAAAACGCCCCGGGCCGGUCCGCCCAGCUACUCGCGCCGCUGUCCUUCCAGAACCCGGUCUAUCAGAUGGCCACGUGCCUCCCGGUGUCCCCUCGGGGUCUGACCGACUCGGGCUCCGAGUGCCACAGCUCGGUCAGCUCCCACAGCAACAACGAGGACGGGCCACCUGGUGGGAGGCACCACUUCCUGAACCACGGCGGCGGGAGCAGCGGCGACGAGUACGCCCGACGCUCGGGCGAGUUCACCCGCCGACAGCUAUCCCUCACCGAGGCGCAGCACCAGCCCGCCGUACCCCGGCAGAACAGCGCCGGCCCCCAGCGGCGGAUAGACCAGCCCCCUCCGCCUCAGAACGUGACACGCGGCCGCACGCCACCAAAUUUGCUCAAUAGCUGCGUCUACGCCCGGCCCGGCUCGGGCGGCGGCAUGAUGACCUCGUCGCCCGACUGGCCCAUGGGGGGCGCCCGCUUGCGGCAACAAUCGUCCUCGUCCAAGGGGGACAGUCCCGAGACCAAGCAGAGGGCGCAGCACAAACAGGCCCCCUCCCCAGUGAACCCCAGUGCGCUGGACCGCACGGCAGCGUGGCUUUUGAAUAUGAAUGUGCAGUAUUUAGACCAUGAGGCCAUGGAGCACGACUCACUGAGGCACAGAGAGGAUCUGACGCAGGUGCAGAAGUACCAGCAGGAGAUCGCGCUGCUGCAGGAGAAGCUGCGUGCCUCGGUGCAGAAGCUGGAGGAGUAUGAGGCCCGUCUCAAGGGCCAGGACGAGCAAGCCCAGAAGGUCCUGAUGGAGUACCAGGCCCGGCUGGAGGAAUCGGAGGAGCGCCUGCGCCGGCAGCAGGACGACAAAGACCUCCAGAUGAAGGGUAUCAUCAGCAGGUUGAUGUCGGUGGAGGAGGAAUUGAAGAAAGAUCACUCGGACAUGCAGGCGGUGGUGGACUCCAAACAGAAGAUCAUUGACGCACAGGAGAAGCGCAUCGCGUCCCUGGACGCCGCCAACACUCGCCUCAUGAGCGCCCUGACGCAGAUGAAGGAGCGCAGCACGCAGUCGCGCAACGGCAUCUCGCCGACCAAUCCCACCAGGCUGCAGAUCACCGAGAACGGAGAGUUCCGCAACAGCAGCAACUGUUAAGACUCCAACAAACAAAAAAAACAAACAAAACAAAAAAAAAAAAAAAAAGGGACCUAUGACAGAAAGUUUUCCUUCUCAGUUUGGCGAGAUGCCCCCCUCACCCCCACGUGGGAUGGGACGGAAGAGGCGGACUUCAAGGGUGGCGAUUCGCCCGAUGGGGCUUUGGCCAUGAGGGCAGGAUCACAGGUUGUACAUAUGAAUGCGUACGUACAAAAAGACAAUUUGACGUCCGGGGGCGAACCACUACGUCUUUCUCGACGACUACUUACAAGCCAGUCGAGGACGCUUCGCUAGCGCUUUAGCUUCAAGUCGAUGUUUCUAACGAACCAAAUAGGAGUUAAAAAUCCUGAUGUUUUUAAGUCCGAAACGACCUCCACUUUCAGCCAUUGGGUGGGUCCCCGGUCUGCGCCCCCUUCAGUCCCACUCGGGCCCCCCUGGUAGUGCACUUUGUGGAAGCUAUUGGUACAUGCAAUGCCUUAAGCUAAGGAUGGCGACUUUAUUCCACAGCUCCCCUAUUUCUGCAAAAAGUUGAAGAAGACAGGAAAAAAGGCACAAUUAUAUACUGUGGAUUUGUAAAGGAUAGAGCUUGUACAAACGUAUAUGUAUUAUGUAAGUAAAUGAAAUUUAUGUGAUACUAUAUUGAUGCAAUUUAAUAUAGAUGUAUGCAUUUCCUUUUUUUUUUGGGGGGGGGGGGGGGGCUUCUGGAGUAUACACACAUACGUACACACACGGCUAUAUUUGAUAAUGUCAAAGGUAAAAGCAGACUUGUAUUUAGGAGUUUUAUUUUUAUGCUUCUAAAAGGAUGACUGACGAGAGCGUGUAGGUUUUCUUGUACCGGUUGGAUGUUAUGGUGAUGGAUUUGCUAUACACUGGACUGGCCAGACCACCAAGGAAGGGUCCAUUGCUUUCCUUCCUGUCUGGUGAUUCGUUGAGGUCCCAAAAAUUAAUUGAUUAAAGCAGAGUCUUCUUCCUUCGGGGGUGGUUGGAUCUUCCCUAAACCUGCCCUGGCAACCUAAUCCCCCUAAAUCCAACCAGUAUACUUCAGAACCAAACCCCGAAAUUUGUCUCCUGUGUUCCCCAACAAAAACCCUCCUAACCAGUCCUACCCUCAACCUGACUCGAAAAUCCAAAAUAUGUCUUGGCUAAAGCAGAAUCUUCUUUCCAGGUUCGACCCUAAACCUUACCACUAUUUCACCGGGUCCCAAACCGUACCCCUAAUCUAAUGUCCUGCAGCCUUGCCUAAAACCUACCCCAAUCCAAACCGUCCAACCUUGUCCUUCCCUCAAGCCGACAAGAAAAUCCAAAAUGUGACUUUCCAGGUUUGACCAUAAAUUAACCCUGACACCCUAAUCUCCUCAACUCGACCACUAUUACCUCUAACCCCAAACCCUACCACACUGUUAAUCUGCUGUAGUGCCGAUCCUAACCUAAACCCUCCAAUCUUGUCCUACACUUACCCUGACUUGAAAAUCCAAAAUGUGACUCAGUUAAAGCAGAAUCUUCUUUCCAGCAAUGACCCUAAACCCCGACUACUCCACUCCCUAAUCCCAAACCGUACCCCGGCUCUAAUAACCUGAAUUUUAUCCUAAAUCCUACCCCAACACCAACCUUCCCUAAAACUAGGCCCUAAAAACUACCAUUCUUUCCUUACUACUUUUAAACGUCCUAAAAACACAAACCAUACCUUUAGAUUUCAGAUUCCAUGAAACACUACCGAAUCUCUGCACCCCAGGGUUCUCCUGAAUGCGUCCUGCUACUUCACCCAUUGCUAAUAUUCUAGCCUACCCAAUUAGCGGCAGUAGCUACGCUAUUUGUUACCAAUUAGGAGGGCCAACGGUUUGUUGAAGACGCAUGAGUGAAUAGAGCACACAUUAUUUGUAGUCAAGAAAUGACCGUUUUCUGACCAAUUAAGUGAAAUUAAAUAAUCGGUUGGGAAUCAUUGGUAUAUGCGAUAGUGGGAACGUGUAAAAAAAACAAAAAGUUACAAAAAAACACUCACUAUUUUUGACUUAAAAGUUAUGUUUUUGUUUGUAAUUGUGACCUCGCGCUCAAACUCUGCUGUAUCGUCAUCCUGGGUGUUGUAAAUGCAAACUAGCACCGCUAGCAGUGUGCUGCUAUUGCUAGCCAAAACGAGACAACAAGUUAUCGUGUCGGGGGGGUUCGGUUUGGGGUCAAUCCUUCUUGAGAUUGAGAUUGGCGAGCACAAUCGUUGCUUUCUCAUGGCUCAAACGUCUAUGCACUUUUACGUUAAGUGGCUGGUGUUAGCUUGUUUGUUUUUUCUUUUUGUUAACUAAAGAAAAGGGAGCGCUAGGACUGUGAUUGUUAUUUGUAAAACGUCAAAAUAUGCCACAAAAACAUCACGCCAAGAGACUAUGCAGCAUUUUUCCCCACCUUCAAUUUUUACGUUACUUUAGAAAUAUGAACGAGAUUUCAUCAAAACUUUAAGCUACUUGACCAAGACCGCCAAAAAUCACUGGUUUGGGCCAUUUGUAAAUGUCCAAAAACCCUUUUUCUUCGAUGUUUUUUUUUUAUGAUUCCAGACUUUUAGGACUUUUAACAACCAGCGACUUUUCUAGCUUUUUGUUUCAUUUACUAAACAUACUAAAAUUUUAUUAUUAUUAUUUUCCCAAAAAUGGAAAAAAAAAAAUCUCUUUUAAAAAAAAAAAAAAAAAAAAGGAAUUUAUACUUAGAUGGAUUUUGGUGAUGGAAUUGUCGAAAUUGGUGAUCAACACCUUUUUCGUCUUUUUCUGUUAUCUGGUAAAUUAAUAUAGAUUUUUAUUUUAAGCGUCAUCCUUUUUUUUUUUUUUUUUUUUAAAUUCAAACCGUUGGAUAUUGGUGUGCCCUGAACACUCGUACGAACAGGAAACUUUUUUUUUUUUUUAGCUCAGUGGCCAAAAUGUUGCACAGUCUCUGUUUAAAAAUAAAAUAAAAUAAAAAAAAGUUUGAAUUGCGUUGAUGUCUUAGAUGCUGCUUACACAGAUGGAAGAAAUGCCUGGUUUGACUUAAUUUAAAUGAGUUGGUUUAGCCCCUGCUAUGCUGUGCUACGCUACGCUAACACCGCCAAGUUUACAGUCAGGAGGCGCUCCAAGACCAAUCAGCUAUACAUAGAGCAAAAUAUGCUGUAUGUUUUCUAUGAACUUGUAGAAAAUACUUUUUGUAAGUAUGUUGAAAGUAUUUGUUGAAUUCCGUUCUGUUUAUUAGGUUAUUUUUUGUUGUUUGUUUUCUCUUUUUGCAACAAAACGUGACAAAACAAUAAUGUACAGAGGAACUUGUGUUGUCCAAAUGUGGCCGUGCAAUGUAUGUACAUUUGCAACAAAACCUAUUAUUAAAGUUUUAUUUAGCUAUUUUAA